UAUCAGGAGCCAUUGGUGGAAUAAUUAUGGUGGGAGGGAUUACUUCUUAUUUAGUCGUUGCUAGUAAAAGGUCGCCUAUUUUCAAAUCUCCAAAAUGCGGUCGAAUUAGCCCAAAAAUUACUUGGCAAAAUACUGGCGAUCCACAAGGAGUUUUAAUCCGUGCUGCCGAACCGCUGGAAAGUCACACUAUCCCAACUAUUUCUCAACUUCAAGUAAACAAAGAUAUGAAAAAAAUUUACUAUCACACUAAUGGACCGGGCAAAUUAUGUCGAGCCCUAAACAUUGAUAUAAACCUUAACCAUGCUGACCUAACUACUAGCGAUUUAAUUUACUUAGAACAUGCCCCUGAAAUUAUUCCAGACCAAAUUGUUGCCACUAAAAGA